UACAGCUCGAAGUCAAAGCCCUCUAGGCUUUGGCUUCCACUAGCAAUUCGCUGCAUGCCGACUCUGACCGCCGCCGACGAAGCCGCUAUAAACGAGGGUCUGGAAUCUUGAGGGAUAGUAAUCCGUCUAGCUAAGUCUUCAAUUCAACACUCUUUCCUUAAUUUCAUAUUUGGGUUUGAUGAUAAUCUUAUUCUCUAUUUGCCUUCUAUCUUGAUGUCGCUCUUGAGGAUGUCAAUUACAUAUAUAUAUAUAUAUUUUUUUAGCACCAUCAUGGUUCAAUGCGCAUAUUUGGUAAAAUCUUAUGUGUAGUUGCUCUGAAUCCAUCUCUUAUGUUUAAAUUUGGUGUCUUUCGUGAUUUGUUCUUUCAUGAUUUGAGCCUAAUAAUAUAAUAUGUUACUGUCAAACUGUUGAACACUUGAAUUCCUGCUGCUUCUUUCUUUUCUGUUAUACCCAAUGGAGCAUAUGUUAGGAAACGCACCGUUUCUUCAUGACAGCAUACGUAACAUACCAUUACUAGGAUUAGUUUUCCUUGCUCGUGCGGUGAGUUGUCCAUGUCAAUAUUGUUACGUUUGCCUUGUAGUAGUUUUUGUUAUUCUACAAAACUCUGGAUGCCUCUUUACUUGCCAAAUCCUUAACUGUAUAGAAAAAGUUCUUCUAUAUACCUUUAAGAGCUCCAGACUUUCAGUCCAUCCCUCUAUUGAUUGAUGAAGCAUGGCAGACUGGAGUGAACUUCCGCCAGAUCUCUUAUUGAUAAUCUCAAGAAAGCUGAUCAAUGUUCCUGAUGAUCACUAUCGUCUUAGUUGUGUGUGCAGAUCAUGGAGCCAUGUUGUGUUAGAUUACCUCAACAAAUGCAUCCUUCCUUAUUCUCCUUGUCUAAUGGUUCCAGGCAUCAACUGUAAUAUAACCUGCAAAUUCCGUCGCCUGCUGAGCUUCCCGGUUGGCAAGGAUAUCACUAAAGAAGGGGAGCGUUUGCCCCAAAUUCCGGUGCCUCACAUAGAUCUAUGUCGUGGAUCCUACGAGGGAUGGCUUGUGAUGAUAAAAAACAACUUGGACAUGUACUUGUUGAAUCCGUUUUCUGACCGUCGCAUAGAUCUUCCUUCUGUAACUACCCUGCAGCAGCCUUCCGAUGGAGAGGACCGCCUGUCUAAGUGGGACGUGUACAAAGCAAUAUUAUCAAAAAAUCCUAGUGACGCCUCGAAUUGCUUUGUCAUGGUUCUCUUUGACGGAUUGGCUUUUUGCAAGCUUGGUGACAAAGUUUGGACAUCUAUUCACCAUCAACGUCAAACGUGGGAGGGUUAUAUGGAUGCCUUGUAUUUCAAGGGAAACUUCUACAUUGUAUCAUCCAAUUCAGUGACUUAUAUUUGUGACGUUCGUGCUUCUCCUCAACCAUCAAUGACGAAGAUAGAAGUGGAGCAAUGUUUACUUUGUAGUUUCUUUUUGGUGGAAUCAAGAGGAGAAUUAUGGAAAAUAUAUUGUGGUACCGGAUAUGAUUCCAGUGAGGAUGAGGAAGGAUUUCCUGAAGAUCUCCAUACAGAAGAUCAUGUGAUCAACCAAGCAGAACAAUCUGGUAAUGGUGACCUGAAUUGUUUUGAUAAGUACGAUUUGGUCGAUCAUAAUCAUUAUUUUUCGUCUUCAUUAAAAACAAAAUAUUUUUAUGUAUGGAAGUUGGAUACAGUGGGCGGAUCAAAGCCAAGUUGGAUUGACGUCGAGAAUUUAGAUGGAGUGGCAUUGUUUUUGGGUUUGAAUCAGUCUUUUUCCCUCUCGGAUCCUCGCAUUUUUGGGUAUCAAGAAAACCGGAUAUAUUAUACAGAUAGUUCUCGUGGGUUACACAAACGUGGAUGGCCUUCAGGUUAUGACACCGGCAUUUUCAACUUCAGGGAUGAUACUAUUGAGUCACUUUACAAAACAGAUUCCAAAUCUGUGAAGCCACCAGCUAUUUGGGUUACCCCCAAGGCAUGGUAAGUUUUAUUGCAUCUAGUUAUUUUGUUCUUUUAGCUUCUCCCCUUUAACUUUGUUUUUCCUUGCUGUCGAUAUGUUUUGCGCAUUUGGAUUUCUUAGAAUCUGACCUGAUUUUGACCAAACAAUAGUUACUUUUCUUUGUGAUUUUAUUGUGCUUGUUUCCACCAACUGAUCAAUCACUUGGUAAUUUAAGUUGGUAAUUUAGUAUAUGAGAUGAUGUUUUGUUUAUUUUCUCUCUGUUUUUUUCCUUCCCAAUUUGCCACUUGGUUUUUUAUACAUGACAAAUUUUGAUUAGUUUGUUAGAUAUUGGACUUGUAUUCUAUAUUUCUAUGAGACCAUACAGUCACAGAUGCUUCAUGACGAUGGUGUGAAGAUUGUAAGAGUUGAUAUUUGAAAUUUUUUUCAUCCUCUGUAGCAAAUUGGAAAAUCUGUCAAUGCUUUUGAAGCUGCAAUAAUAAUUUAUUGACUAUAUGCUGAAUAUUUCAUCAAACAGAAUGUAUAUUCACCACUAUGAGACUUGGAAAUUCAUUCAUAGAUAUUCUAAUUA